AUGGACGUAAUCAGUGCUGGGGCAAGUGUGGUUGCCUUUAUUGUCCUCGGCCUCAAAAGCGCCAAAAUAAUCCACGAGAUCCUCUCAAACGAAAGCGGGACACAUGUCGGCCAAGUGCGAGCCGGCAUCCAAGACCUCCAGUCAACCUUGGAGAGGCUACAAAGAUGUCGGGCCACGGCCGAGCUCCAAGACCAGGCUUUCCAAACCAAGAUCCAAUCUUGCGCCGACAACCUCACUACCUUUGCUGCCACUCUUCAGAAACUUACUGUGACGAAUGACGGGCCACGGUUUGCCAACCAGUUGAGGAGGCUAAGAGCUUCCUGGAGCGAGAAGGAACUGAUUCGGAUGAGCAAUGUCAUCACCAGGGAUGCAGGAACCUUGAAGCUUUACCUUCAAGCUUUGGAGAGCGACACUGUCUCUGAGAUACACGACUCCCUUAACGCUACCCGACAGGAGUUGUCCACCUUCCAGACCAUCAAAGACGAUCAGUCGACCUUAAUCGCCCAACAUGCCACCCUGUCGGCCACUGUGCGCGACUCGAUCAUGGCAGUCAAGGAUGAUCUGCAUCUCGGUUUUCACGAGUCUGCUGUUCGGAGCGACGAAGUCCUGCAAAAGCUAGUUCAUUUAUCAGAUCAGUCAACAGCCCAGAAUGGUGAGAUUAUAGAUCAGCUCGCAGGCCUAGUUGCCAACCUGAACCUUCGGCUCGAAGAGCGGUCUAGCGUCGGAGAAGCGCGCGACAGCGUCCGGCUCAACGAGGGUACUGGGACCUUGGAUGAUACACCAGCAAGAGAAGUUCCGGCGUACAACCAGCUGCUGGAGAGUGUACAAUCAGUGUUGGAUUCAGCUCGGGACCAAAUGGGAAUAUUUAGUUCCAAUGAUCCCGAAGGCAUUGUUGAUAACCUCGUGAAGCUUCUCGAGGACAUGAUGUCGGACAAAUUUCUCCGUUCAGCAACGACAUACCAGCAUUUUUGCGAUGGAGAUACUCAAGAGGACCUCGAUCAGAUGCGACACACCUUGCGGUGUCUUCAAGGCAUCCUUCUGUCUUCGUCACGCAUUGCGGUAAACCCCCGACCUGUCGUCAAUGUUCUACCCAUCGGCUCACCGGUCUUCACCCUGGUUGAACAAGGACGCCUGGUACAAUUCAAGGAGAUGUUGAUGCGGGGUGAAGCUUCACUUCGAGAUCAGGACGAGUUCGGCGUCUCGCUACUGUUUGAAUCGAUCCAGCUGCUGCUGAACAACCCUCUCAGCCUGAUCAACACCGAGACCAUCACCGACAACAGCGGAGAUUUGUGGGACGCAGUCAUAGCUGAGUGCGGCCACGACGUUUUGUGGUAUCGCAAAGAUUCUCGACCGAGGAAGCCCAAGUACCGUCACGGAUACACGAGGCAGAUGUUUGAGGAGUUUUGGGAAGGAAUGGAACAUCUUUGUCCAUACUAUUAUGAUGAGUUCUCUGAGGAGAUCAACGAUGAUGAGGGAUCACGUGACAGCGACGGCGAGGAGUCGAGUCACGAUGAUGGCGAGGAAUUGCGUGUCGUCGAUGCCCAUGACCCAUUGGAGGAAGAGGGGGAUGACUCUGAUUCUGAAGCCGAUGAUGGCGGCGGCUGUCCACUGGGCUGA